AUUAGCUUAUCAGGUGUAUUGAAUUCUUUGAAAACAUCAAACCUGAGAGUUUCACUCAGGAUGGAUGAUCCAUUGGCUGGAAGUGAGCCACAUGGCAAACUUCCAGGGGGCAAUAGCAUGGACCCAGCUUUGGCACACAUGGAGAUGGCUGUAGCUGUUAGCUGUCCCACAAGGAACGAAAAUGAGCCAUUGGACUUGGCUGUGCUGCAGAGGAUGCUAGCUGAGAGUGAUGCUCGUGCAAAGUACUGGAGCACAGUCACAAUGGAUUUAAUGAAUACCUGCACCAAAGUCAUGCAGUCGGCCGACCGUGACAGGCAGUGGUUUGUCCUCAUGGUUAAGCAAAUUGAGAAAACCAUGGGAACUACGGUCCACCUGCAGGACGAUAGAAAGUCCCACAGCCAGGAAACACAUAUUUGUUGUCCAUCUACUUCGAUGGUCAGUGAAUACAAGAAGACUGAAGCUGAUGACGAGAGAUAUGGUCUCAGGGAUCUUGUGGAAGACUGCAGGUCUCGUUUGGGCAGUUUGGAGCAAAUGGUUAGGCAGUUUACAGAGAAGGUGGAAAUAGCUCAUCCACCUCCAGCUAUGACCAUUGGCAAUAAGGACAAGGAAGUGCCAUUUUGUCAUUAUUUUAGAGAGGAGAGCAGCUCAACUCAGGCAUCACUAGGAACGUGUUUGGCCGUGGGUACUACCAUAGUGAGCAAUACAAGCAUCCUUACACCAAGGCAGUGCAAAGAUGCAGCCGUACGGGUCCCUGAGGAACUGAUUGAUGGAAAAAUGGAGGGCAAGGAAAACUUGCAUCACUCUCCAGGCCUUCUCACCAAAUGUGAGGUGAUGGAGGCAAAUGUGUCCACCCUCCCUUCCCCUGAUGACCAGCUGAUCUCUGCAGCCAUGCUGCAGGCCGCUGCUACACCUGGCAGCAGUUUUGAGAUGACGGAGCGUGGGGUUCUGUCUGAUUCUCAACUGUGCCCAACAGCCGUGAUGCAGGCCACUUCUACACCUGAUUCUCCACUGGGUCCUCCAGCUGUACCGACUUGUGAGCAGCGCUGUGAAAUGAUCACAGAGACAGAGGACCAGGAGAACAGCGAGGAAGGUUCUCAGCAUGCUGGUGGAGACAUUGUGGAAAACAAUGUUUGCAAAGACCUUGCAGUUGCUGAGAGCAUCACACCUGAGGUGGAGGAGGUAGCAGAGGCCACACUGAUGUCAUCAGACGUUCUGCUGUUAACACCAACCACACAGGAGCACACAGAUCUGAUUGGGACCCAGGCUGACGUGCUGGAUGGUGCUGAUGAUGGCCUUGAGCUGCUAAAGUCUGCAGCAGUUCAUGAGAACAUGGGAGACGGCACUUCAGAAGCUCUACAGCAACUGCAGCCUGUUGAUGAGAACAUGGGAGACGGCACUUCAGAAGCUCUACAGCUUUUGCCUGAUCCUGAGGACCUUUGUUCUAUUAACCUUAGCAUCCAGCUAGUCUGUAUCAUCCAGUUUUAGGA